AUGCCCUCUAUUGCGGCCGCGCGAGCCUCCAAUGCAAAAUACUCGCCGUCCUAUGUUCCAGUCGCAAUCUUCGUGGGGGGAACUUCCGGGAUAGGGCGGGCCAUUGCACAGGCAUUUGCGCGCUAUACUCAGGGAAACGCGCAUAUCAUCCUCUGCGGGCGGAAUGAAGCCGCCGCCUCUAGCAUUAUCGCAUCCUUCCCGCGCCCGACAGCACCCGAGGCCAAGCAUGAGUUCGUCCAGUGCGAUGCCACGCUGAUGAAGAAUGUCGCCGCAACGACGUCUGCCUUGCUCAAUCGCCUCCCAAAAGUCAACUUUGUCGUGCUCUCCUCGGGUGUCUUUUCACUCAAAGGUCGGAACGAAACAUCGGAGGGUAUCGACAGGAAGCUCGCACUGAGCUACUACGCCCGGUGGAAGUUUACGUCCGAUCUCAUGUCUCUUUUGCGCGAGGCCAAGGACGCUGGAGAGGACGCAAAGGUUAUGUCUAUCCUCGGACCCGGCAACGGGGGCAACAUUGACCUCGAUGACCUUGGGCUGAAGAAGAAUUAUGGCGUUCUCAGAACCGCUUUGACUACGCCCGCAUACAAUGACCUCAUGUUUGAGGCGUUUGCGGAACGGGAUCCCAGUAUAUCGUUCGUCCAUGUGUACCCCGGCGCCGUGCGCACGCCUAUGCUUGGCACACUUAUGAAGAUAGCCUUUUAUCCAUUGACGAUAUCUCCUGAAGACUGUGCGGAGCACAUGCUGUACGCGCUGUUCAAUGUCGAGGGUGGCGCACACCGGCGAGACAACCGUGGCGACGACAUGGGGAAGAAGAGAUAUUAUGGCUCGGAGGAGGCGCGGAGGCGGCUGUGGGAUCAUACUGUUGAAGAGAUCACCCGUUCCGCGACCACGUAA